AUUUUGAAAAAAAUUAAUAUCUAUUUUAAAAUUAAUGUCACAAUAAGUUCUCUGGGAAGUGGUUAAAGGAAACAAUGCCUUUUUGGUUAAGAGAAAUGGAUUGACAUUGUCAACAGACCCAUUCAAUAACACAGGUGUGUAGACAUAUAGCAGCACAGGAUUCAUCAGUAAGAACGCAGUUGGUGUUGUUUCAACCUAAGGAAAAGUGAAUUAGAUUAAUAAUAUUAAUUUGGUCGCAAAGAAGAGCACAAAAUUCUAAUAAGCUGAUAGAAAGGCUAAAAACACUCAAUCAGUGUAUGCCUCAACCUUGGCUGUUAAGCAUGGAGUUCACACUGCUUCCAGAGUUAUCAGAAAGAGAUUCGGUACUUCAAGACUUGGAUCACAAAAGGCAGCCCUCAGAAAGUUGGUCAAGUUAAACAGAGCAAACGCAGUCAGAAGAAGAAAUGAAUUGGCUGCCGCUAAAGCUUAAAAGAAAUGAUUUGCAUAAUUAUCAAAAUGAUGUACAAUAUAUCAAGAAAUAAAUCAUUAUUAUAUUCUUCUUUCCUGAA